UUAAAGGGAGUCUGUAGAGUGUCGCAAAGGGUAGCAAAACUCAGUACCAGCAUACUACGCUUGCGUAGAAGUCAUCCAGGCAAAUCGACCCGCGAAAACAUUAACCAAUCAGCGAACUCGAACGAGUCGGUUAGUAGCAGACGACGCAUGCAUGAGAGCGUACAGGACGGUGUGUGUCUCUUCAGUAAUCUGCAGGAUGCCGCCGUGAUCAUAUGGUAUCUAUAUGUUUUGUUCAAUCAGUCAGUUGUGUCACGUGUUUCGCGAGUUUGCAAUUCAAGAAAUAUAAUACCAUAAUCGUGUUUCGAUUUACGGUGUGUUUUAUUCGUAUCUCUGCAGGAUCGAAUCCGACUAGCAAGUUAGAAGAAAUCGAAACGUAUCGAAGAGGAGCGUUGGAUUCCUUGCAGGGAGUGCAAUAGAUGCAUCGCUGAAUCCUGACUUAGGGCAUAUAUGUCCACGCCAAUUCGAUAUGAGUACAGAAGGAAGGUCGUGCAUCAGGAGAAGAUGACACCGCGAAGAUACGUGUUCGCGGCGAUUAGGCGAACAUUGCUGGCUGCUGGUAUCUUGACGUUGCUGGUGUUGGCGUUGUCGAGCCAAGAUGCCGGCAACAGUGUGCAGCAAGGUCUUUUAUUGGAGGAGGACUCGAAUUUGACACCGGAGGAAAAGUUGAUGGAGGAAGCAACUAUCGCCGAAACUGAGAAACGAUUAUAUGCUAGAAGAAAAUUUUUGGCACAAAAAUGCACUGAAGAAGGAUUAGACCGGCCUGGAAACGAUUCUCUUCAUAGGCCUAAUGCUUGGGAGUUCCUUGUAAAUAGAGAGUACCAUUUAAUAUGGUGUAAUGUCUUCAAAGCGGCCUCUACAUCUUGGAUGUACAAUUUCAAUCUACUUGCAGGAUAUAGUCCGCAGUUUUUAAAAGCCUCAAAGGCCGUACCAGUUUCUCUAGCAAGGCAGAAGUAUCCCAGGUAUACGGCGGACGAAUUGAACAAGUUCCUAAACGACAGCAUCAGUUUCUUGAUAGUGAGGCAUCCGUUCGAGAGGCUGCUCAGCGCCUACAGAGAUAAAUUGGAGCAUAGCUUACCGCAUACGUUCCAUAGUAAUCUUGGAGCUCAUAUCGUUUGGAACUAUAGGUCCAGGGAUCCAAAAACCAAUGGAAGACAUGGUCCAAGGUAUCCACUUUUUGAAGAAUUUGUACGGUGGCUGUUAUGCCAAUGGACAGCCGGAAACGAGCUCGAUAUGCAUUGGACUCCAGUUGUGAAUUUCUGUACACCGUGUCAAGUGCGAUUCGACGUGAUUGCAAAGUUUGAAACGCUUCACGAAGAUCAAGAUUAUCUCAUAAAACAAGCUCAUGUGGGUCACAUCAUUAAACCUGAAUGGAAGAACCCUACUAGAGGAGUUCAAACAAAGGACGUAAUUAAAAAUUACUUCGCUCAAUUGUCAAAAUCACAGAUCAAAGAUCUCUAUGAGAUGUUUAGAUACGAUUUUGUGCUGUUUGAUUAUUCUCCUGACGAGUACAUAGCACUCGGGAGAGAAGAGAAUACAGUUUUAAUCUGUAAAGAAUAAUGUCAGAAUUUUGGAACAAGUGCAUCAGGGCUUGUGCUGUUUAUCUGCUACUUUUUUCUCUUCAAAUGUUAAACGAUACCUAUUACAAUGGUAUCGAUUACAACGAAAAUAUUUGUUAGGGAAUAGCUGUUGUGGUUUAAGAUGAAGAAAAGGAAAUAUACCGAAGUCUGUUCGAGUUAACGAUCCCAUGCAAAACAUUACUACAGCAUUAAAAUUUUUGAUAAACGAGACGUUAUAGAAUAUUCAAUUGUUAGAACCGAAGGCGAUAAAACGUUUGUAAACUGUUAUAAAUCAACACAUGAUAAUUUUAAAUGUAUUAUACCUAUAAGAAUACCCUGUUGCUU